CACUCAGAUGCACUGUGUGUGCCUUGGGCGAGCACACUUGGAUCCGGACGGCGGUGGUGCAAUAGCAGCAGCAGCAACAGUCCCAGCAGCAGCAGCAGUAGGCCGCAGCCCCAGCCAAGGCGGAGUCCUAGCCGCUUUCAAUGGAGGAGAAGCCCGGUCAGUCCCAGCCGCACCACCAUUCUCACCACCACCCGCAGCAGCAGCAGCAGCAGCAGCCGCCGCCGCACCACCACCACCACCACCAUUAUUACUACUACAACCACAACCACCACCAUCACCACCAGCAGACGCACCAGUACCUGCAGCAUGGAGCCGAGGGCAGCCCCAAAGCCCAGCCGAAGCCGCUGAAACAUGAGCAGAAACACGCCCUCCAGCCGCACCAGGAAACGCCGAAGAAGAAAACAGGCUAUGGCGAAAUAAAUGGUAAUGCUGGAGAUGUACCCAAGAGCCUGGGCUCCGACGAAGCCACCAAUCCUAUUUCCAGGGUACUCAACGGCAGCCAGCAAGCUGCAGACACUAACUUAAACCCAAAGCAGACUGUGAAGACCAGUACCCUGGGAAAAGCGGGACUUAAGACCAAGAAUUUCAUUCAGAAAAACAGUAUGGACAAAAGGAACGAGAAGUCUUACGACAGCAAAUCUAGGGAAAACCCAUCCGUAGACAAGGCCGAUGCAGUAUCUAUUCCAAAUGGCGUCGUGACCAGUAACGCCAGCUACAUCACUAACGGUUACGUAGGCAAAGGGGCAGACAAUGACGGGAGCGGGUCCGAGAGCGGAUAUACUACCCCGAAGAAGCGGAAAGCCAGGCGCAAUAGUGCCAAGGGUUGUGAAAAUCUGAAUUUACUGCAGGACAAAAUAAUGCAGCAGGAGAUCGGUGCCCCUUCCUCCUUAAAGCAGGGACUUGACGGUUUCAAGCCCGACUACAGCGAGCCGAAGGGAAACCGGUUGGAUGGUGCCAAGCCCCUCUGGAAGUACGAACCCGGGGCUGGAGGACUAGGCCGUGGGAAGCCUGGAAUUGGGGACAUCCUGCGCAAAAACUCCGAUGCCAAACCCGGGAUGAACAGCAAAAAGUUUGAGGACCGGCCCAAGGGAAAGCACGCAGCCGCCGUGGUCUCCAAGGAGGACUCGUGGACCCUAUUUAAGCCGCCUCCGGUUUUCCCGGUGGACAACAGCAGCGCCAAGAUCGUUCCGAAAAUCAGUUAUGCAAGCAAAGUGAAAGAGAACCUCAACAAAGCAGCUCAGAGCUCAUUGGUUUCCCCGUCGUCCUCCUCAUCCUCCUCUUCGUCCUCUACUGGGGAGGCCCAGGCUCAGACUUCGAGCCGCCUGUCCCAGGUCCCCAUGUCCGCUAUGAAGUCUGUUACUUCUGCCACUUUUUCCAACGGGCCGGUCUUAGCGGGGACCGAUGGAAGCGUGUAUUCUCCCGGGACCCAGCCACUGCUCGCCGCCGCUGCUAGUACUGUACCACCCGUGCCUGGGGCCGACUCUGUCCUCCAGGACACGGGUAUCACCUCGGCAGCCGUGGAGCAAAUUAAGUCUAGCCUUUUUAUCUACCCUUCAAAUAUGCAAACUGUGCUUUUGGGCACGACACAGGUGGCUCUGCCCGCUCAGACAGAUCAGCAGAACCUGGGGGAUAUCUUCCAGAAUCAGUGGGGUUUGUCGUUCAUCAAUGACCCGAGCGCAGGUCCCGAGACUGGCCGCGGGGAAGCCGUCGAUAAUAAAAUGAUGGAAGUGACAUUUCAAGGGGAAUGUCCAGCCGCUUUGGUUUCACAGGGUGCUGAAAUAAUUCCCUCAGGACCCGAAUACCCUGUGUUUCCCAAGGCUUAUGAGCUGGAUAAACGGACUAGCCCCCAAGGUCCAGGGAGCGUUCUAAAGCCGGGGACUACUAGUGAGGAGGAAGUCUUUUCCUCGGAGCCCAGUCACACGGGGGAUCUGCCCAAAGCAGACCCGGGUAGCCAAGGUGCUUUAGUGUUUCUCUCAAAGGACUAUGAGAUAGACAACCCUCUGGGCUCUCCUUCGAACACUUUGUUAGCCUCCGCCAAAGAACAGAGGUACCAGAGAGGCCUAGAAAGGAAAGAUAGCUGGGGUUCUUUUGACCUGAGGGCUGCUAUUAUAUAUCACACUAAAGAAAUGGAAUCCAUUUGGAAUUUGCAGAAGCAAGAUCCAAAAAGGAUAAUCACUUAUGAUGAAGCCAUGGAUAGUCCUGAUCAAUGAAGGUAGCAGGACAGAUUGCCUGUUCAUAACCUUUCUUCAGCCUAAAGCAGUUCAAGAGGGACACGAGGCUUUUAUGCUCCUUCUAGAUCUUCAAUGCCGCAGAGGAACCAUAAGUAGAAUCACAGGAUAAUAUAUACAAAUAUAUAUAUAUAAAUAUAUAUAUAUAGUUAUUUAAAAUUAAAAAAGGCAACUGAAAGUAAUUAGACUUCUUAAGGAAUCAGAAAAUAUAUUUCAAGAGACUACACAUGGUUAUUUAAUCUCCGGUACUGAGUAGUUUUUUGUUUUUUCCCCUCCUUUUUGUUUUAGUUUUUGUUUUUGUUUUAAGGAGUGAAUGCAAGUGAUUAACGAAUUCAGACUCAAUUCACAAGUGUGGUUCUAAAAUUCUUGCUGUCAUCAACUUGGGCAACAAACGACCCACUGGAGAGGCAGUUCCACUUACAAGGUCCCUGUUUCUUGUUCUGUGACUGCAGCGCUACACUAAUCACAGGGAACCCCGGACGAUUUGAUUCAACACCCCCCGAACCCCCCCCUUUGUUUUUGUUUUGUUUUUUUUUUGAAACCCUGUGAGAACGCUGGAUAAACGCCUUGAAGUUUUGCAGGGUUGCCUUUUCCGGAGAAUACGAUUCGCAUGUCUUGCCAGGAGUAAAGCAGCCUACCUGGAUGCUGGGGAAAAUUUUCCUUUUGGGAA